AUGACAAAUCAAGUCUAUACUCCUAGUCCUAGUCCUAGUCCUAGUCCUAGUCCUAGUCCUAGUCCUAGUCGUAGUCCUAGUCGUAGUCGUAGUCGUAGUCGUAGUCGUAGUCGUAGUCGUAGUCGUAGUCGUAGUCGUAGUCGUAGUCGUAGUCGUAGUCGUAGUCGUAGUCUUAGUCUAGUCUUAGUCUAUCUUAGUCUUAGUCAUAGUCAUAGUCAUAGUCAUAGUCAUAGUCAUAGUCAUAGUCAUAGUCAUAGUCAUAGUCAUAGUCAUAGUCAUAGUCAUAGUCAUAGUCAUAGUCAUAGUCAUAGUCAUAGUCAUAGUCAUAGUCAUAGUCAUAGUCAUAGUCAUAGUCAUAGUCAUAGUCAUAGUCAUAGUCAUAGUCAUAGUCAUAGUCAUAGUCAUAGUCAUAGUCAUAGUCAUAGUCAUAGUCAUAGUCAUAGUCAUAGUCAUAGUCAUAGUCAUAGUCAUAGUCAUAGUCAUAGUCAUAGUCAUAGUCAUAGUCAUAGUCAUAGUCAUAGUCAUAGCAUAGUCAUAGAAGAAGGAGAGAAAGUUUGCAUGGAAAAAGAAAAGUCAGAGAAGGUGAAAUGA